ACACUGUAUAGUUUUAAGCAGUAUCGUUAAGUGAUAAAAUGGAAUUAAAUGAAAUAAAUAGGGAUCCUUCGCGGCCGUUGAACGUUGUUCGUAUCGCGACGAAUGGUAUCCGUGAUGGUCCUCCUAAUCCUCCCCCUAAGUCUCCGGAGUUCGUUCCCCCUCACCUUCAGCAGCAAGAACGACAAAAACGAAAAUGGUACCAAUUCUGCUACGAUAAACAAAAUAAAACUGUUUGCGACAGAUCUUGCACGAGCUGGUUCUAUAUUUUGUCUUACUCAAUUUUCUACAUCAUAUUUUUGUGCGUGUUCACAAUGAUUUUACUGUAUGCAUCCCUAUGCAUCAUUAAAAAGACUGAAGUUUACAAUAACGACCCUGAAAAAUUGCUUUUAUAUCACGGACAUAGUAAUAUAGGCUUAACUGCCAUACCGACUGCUGUGAAUAAAAUGUCACUAAUUUCGUACAAAGACAGUGAUUAUGUGAAAUAUGUGGACGCCCUGGAACAUGUCGUCAGUAAAAAGUAUUCGAAAGUUAGCAAGCAGCUAGGACCGUGUGGAGUAGCACCUUUCGGAUACGGAGACACGCCUUGUGUUCUUGUAAAAAUAAACAGACAUUACGGCUCGAGCGCAUUACCUCUGAAACAUCGAAGUCUUAACUCCAGCGACAUUCCUGGUAAAAUUAAGCUAUUGGCAAGCACGGCUCCCAAGCUCUGGCUUGAAUGUAGCGGCAGCAGUCCUUACGAUACAGAACAUAUUGGCACAGUUACGUACUAUCCAGACCCUCCAGGAUUCGACCCAGGAAUAUAUGCUCCGGGCAACGUCACAGAGGGUCUGGUCGGGGUGCAGUUCUCCAAUUUCACUAAAGGAAUGGCUUUAUCAAUUGAGUGCAGUUUGUAUUAUGAAGGCGGUAGAUCUACGGUGGACUUUGUUCUGUACGCGAGCAGCUCGAAAAAAGUAACAUAAGAAUUAUUUUUAGUUCCUUAUAAUAUAAUAUUAACAAAAACAUUAGUGUAGUAUCAGCGUAGGUAUUUCUAAUGUAGCUUGGUUAUUCUCACCCGUUACCAUCACGUUUUUACAACAGGUAACGACUGAGAUCUUUUUAAUGGUACCUAUAAUAUUAUUGAACAUGAAAAAGAUCUUGAGGUUAACCUAUUUACUUAGUUCCCAUCUUUUCCGAGUGGUAAUAGAUGAGAAAGAUAAAUCUCAGUUGAUACAAGUGGUAACAACCUGCUGGUAGAUGGGAAUAAUCCUCCAUCUUCUUGCUCGAAAUGUAAUAUAAAGUAAUAAGUUGUUUUUACUCUAAGCAGUAACUGAAAUGCUUCUAAUAAAAUAGAUAUAAAGGGAGAGCGACGUUGUUGUGUUUAUUUCAACUGGUGUUAUUGCAUUAUGUAGGUACCAUUUUGUUGAUUGAUCCGUAGAUCCAAUCGAGAUGGCUGGGUGAUCCAAUUCGUGUCACAACGGGGUGCACAAUUUCAGCCUUGCAUUUAAUAAAUACUUAUCUGCAGUCUCAAGGAGGGCUACAUUACUGUGGGCGUGUUAUAUAUGUGCAUUUGUUAAGCCAGCUACAGUAACUUACAUUAAUCAUUCUUUUGAUAGGUUGCCUUUUCACAUUAGAGUAAAAGUUAAAAUAACAAACAAGAAGAAAUUUUAAUGAAAUCCUAUACCGUCAACUGGGGUGAAUAGG